CCGAGAAAACUACUCCUAUUUUUUUCCACAACAGACGAACAAAAUGAAUUAAAUUCAAUUCAGAUAAAAAAGUAAAAAUAAAAUAAAAUCAGAAGCCGAAACCACUCAUCAAUUUCUCUAACUAAAAGAUUGCUCCUAUGGCGGAGGUCUCAAAUCUCCACCGGCAACGGCCGUCCCGGCGACCCGCCGCGACGACCAUUAGGUCCCAACUCGAAGACGCCCUGCACGAGGAAGAAGAAUUCUACAAUCAGCCGCAUCCUUUCGUUUUCGAUUCAUUCUCCCCACCGCACAAUUCUUCAAAUCCCUCUUUCUUCGACGACUACGCGACGUCGUUUGAUCUAGGGUUCGAAUUGAACUCGGAAACCGAGAAUUUGGGGUGCGAGUACGAGGACCCCAAUUGCUUCUUCGUCGGAGGCGAAGAAGACGAUGACCAGAUGAAUUACGUGACAGAUCUGUUCGAGCCACGCCACGCGCACCCGGCGGAGGAUAUAAUUUGGCAGCUCGAAUCGCGCCGGGUUGAGGAUCUGGGCAUGGAAUUCGGAUUCGGACCGGGUCUACGGGUGGUCAGCAUGGAUUCGGAGUCUGAUACUGAGGAAUUCGAGGUAAAUGCUGGAUUUACUAACGAUGAUGAUGAUGAUUAUAAUUUGUUUGGAGUUAGAAAUCAUAGGUAUCACGCAGGUGAGAACGAUAGAGAGGAGUUCGAAUGGGAGGAGGUUAGUGAGAGAAUUCGAUACGAUGGGAGGGAGAGUAUGAAUAUGAUGAUAAAUGGAAUCGAAGAAAUUUCGGUUUCCGAUAUUUCUUCCUCGGAUAUUGAGAAUUCGAGCUUAGGUGAUGAUGGUGAGAGACCAGAGGUAGGGCGGAAUGUAGCAUGGGAAGUUCUGUUGGCAGUGGAUAAUCUAGAUAGGAAUCUUGAUUUCGAGAUUCCGGAAGAAAACAGCAUCAUCAAUGGGGAUGAAUCUCUUUCGCAUAUUAAUCUUCCAGAAGAUUAUAUCAUGACUAUGGAAUACGAUGCCCUUUUCGGGCAGUUGGUGGAGAAUGACAACGCAUCGAAAGGCAGCCCCCCGGCUGCAAAAUCCGUUGUCAAGAAUCUGCCUUCCUUGGUGUUGACAAAGGAGGAUGUCGAGCAGAACAAUAGCGUAGUCGUUUGUGCUGUUUGUAAGGACGAGGUUGCGAUUGGGGAGAAGGUGACUAGGCUGCCUUGUUGUCAUCUCUACCAUGGGGACUGCAUUCUGCCGUGGCUUAGUAUAAGGAACACGUGCCCCGUGUGUAGGCACGAGUUGCCAACGGAUGAUGCUGACUACGAGAAGAGGAAGAGCGAGAGAGGGAGACUUCGUAGUGGAAGUGCUGGUCACUUGUUUGAUGAUUUGGAGCUCAGGUACAAUUUUGAACUUCUGCCUUGAAAAGGCAUUUCCAGUGCUUUAGAAUAUGGUUUAGAGACUCCUUUUUCUGGUAUGUAUAAAUUCAUUCACAUGUAUUUCCAAGUGGUGAGGUGUUGAUAGUGCAUUGCAAGUGAUAUGGAUCCAUGGUAUGAAACUAGCUUGUUAUAUACAGCAUUAGGAGAUAGCAAUCAUAGAGACUACUAGUUGGAAGCAUGAUCUUGCAGGGUCUUCUUCGUUUCUAUGGGUCGUUGAACUUAAUGAAUAAUUUUUCAAUAUGGCUUUAGUGAUCACAUCUGGAAUUGGUGGUCUGUCAGUUUGGAAAAUAGUGUAGGACUUGUGUGAAGGUGAUGAGUUGCAGAAUUUUCAAUUGAUCAGUGCCCUAGCUAGCCCUCCCACAAUAUAUGGAAGAAAAUUCUAGUUACUUGAGUAGAGCUAUGAACUAUCGCGUUGCUGGAUGCUGGUGAAGUAAUUCGAGGUCACAUUCUUUUAUUCAAGACUAUUAUGUUAGCUUCUUUUUUGCACAUUGGGAUGAUUCAUGGAUCAAACUCCUAUGUUUGAGGAAAUGUUUUCUGCAUAUCUUUUGGCACAUGUUUAAGUUAAUUUUCCCAACUAUUGAUUUACUUUUUCUAUGAUUGUUAUGACUAGCAGUUCUCUUUCA